CGGGAGGCAUCUAUAAGGACCGUCCAACCUCCCCCUUACCCUGUCUCACAGACACACAGACACACACACACCAAGAGCUCCCUUCAGCAGCCAAACCUGUGCUCCCUGUGAGAAAUACAAUUCCGGUCUCAGAAAAGUUUUGAAGAUGCUGGACCUCCUGAACAGCCAGUUCGACUCCUUCCUCUUCUGGAGGACGCCCAUCCCCAUGAUCGACCCCGCCGAGAUCGAAGUGCUGGGGCUGACAGUCCCAAAGUCCGGCUCGGGAGGCCAGGCCUCAGCAGGCAAGCCUUACGCAGCGCAGACCCUGUCGAGGGAGGAGGAGGACGGAACCCUCGCUGAGUACAACGCCUUCAACUUCUGGAGAUCUCCCAUCGCAAGUUUCAAUGGAUUGGAGUUGGAGCUGCUCUGAGUUCGCUAACGCCUUCAACUAGCUGAUAACAUGUUGUUCAUGACUCAUAAAUUUUACUGUGUUUAUCAAAAUAUUCGCUCGCUU